AUGUCUGACUGGACUUAUGAAAUGCUCCGAUAUGCCUUCAGUUGGAACGAUGAGUCAAGCGAAAAGGCACUCAAGUAUGUCGUUAACGGCAGAAGUCCGUCGGAGACAAUGUCAGAGUUCCAGCUUCUCGACAUACUUCUGCUAACUAUUCUGACUGAGAAAGAUGAAGUUGAAAGGACGUCGGCGCUCGUUUUCUUAGAAGAGCACGGCAAGAGCUUGGUCUUCGACUAUUCGCGGCUUCACAAAGUAUACUUCGUGCUCGAGAACAUUCUGGGCUCGCCCGUUGAUGGUCAGGGCAUGACGUACUCAUUGAAGUCGCAAGUUCUGGUCACGUAUACAGCACUCUUGAUACAGUUCAACACCUUCGAGACGGACGUUGCUCGUUUCGAAGGCUUCGUGGAUCUGUUAUAUUCAAUGGUAAAGCACACGAACAAGUCAGCGGAUCGAAUCCUUCGAGCCUAUGCCUGCGAGUGCUUGCACGAACUGGAGAGCUGGCAUCCAGGGCUUCUGUUUCCGCUGCUCGGAGAGGACUGGACGGUGCCUCCAAUCUGGGCGGGUGGAAUGACUGCCACAGAGCAACAGGGCUCCUCCGUCGGCAUCAACACGCUCGCCAAAUUCGCCAACGACGAGCUGCUGCACAUACAGGAGAGCUAUGCGCGGCUCUUUUUCACGACGAUCCAGCAUUUUACAGAGCAGUUGGUGCAGGAGGCUCUAAAGCAUCAACCAGAGGAACGGCGAGAGGAUCUAACGGAGCUCUCUCUGACGCAGUCCGGCCUCACGACGCCUCUCGCGGGCUCUAGGCCCAGCACGCCGCCCCUCACUCCGCGUGGCGAGGACGAUAGCACCGGCCAGAGCCAGUGGCCGCUGCCCCAAGCGAAAGGCGACUCCAAGGAUGCCAUGUUCCGCUUCCACAUCCCCAAAAACUGCCACGCAGGCCCGGAGUUCGCCUUUGACCUCGCAACGGAUCAGACACCUCCUCGCUUGCCACGGAAACUGGUGAGGACCAUGACACGAAGCAUCGGCUUAGUUCUGGAGGCCAUGCCCACGUCCUCGUCCUGGACCAAGAUCUUCAUCGCCGAGCGCCUGAGCCUCUUCGUGAAAGUCCUGGCGCUGCCGCAGCGCGUGGUCUUCCAUCACUUCUCGCCCUUGCUGCAUGCCUCGCGGCCCUCCCUGUUGCACGCCUUCAUGGUGGUGAACGCGCUCUUCACAGCGAAGGAGCUGGGCUCCAACACCGUGGCUGAGGCCGUGGUUCAUCGGCUCUUCGCUCUGGUCCAGGAUGGGGCCAUGGAGCCAUGCUUUCGCUUGCUGUCCGUGAGCUGGCUCAUCGCCCUUUCCAGCUCUUCGAAGGUCUCCUUCAACUUGCUCUGGGAGCGGGUGCAAGAGCUCUGCCCUCGCUGGCACGAUCCUCUGGAGCUGAAGGAAAUGAAGCUGCAGGCGCUUCUGUACUGCUUCAAGCUCUCUCAGAACCUGCCCAGCAAUCUCUUGAUCGUCCUGGAGUCCCUGUCGGAGUUCAAAUACUGUUAUCGGCCAGUGGGUGCCCAUGCCGUAGUUUUCCGUUUCCUACUGCGGGUACUGAUCGACUUUGCACCGGAGAUGGACCGCCUGGAGGUUCCGCAGUCCUUAUGCGACAUGCUGCGGUCGCACCUGCGAUUGCUUCCUUCGGUUCUGGCACUCAACCAGAGGGUCAACUCUAAGGCUGUGCAGUGGAAACUGCUGCACUCACUCGGCCAGUUCGUUUCGCGGCUCGAGCCUCCAUCAAGGAUCCAGAGAUACUUUGGCCUCCUCGUCAUUCUCUCCGAGACGCCGUGGCUGGACCCGAGCUACGUCCUGACGGCGCUGCAUCGGCUGGUGUUCUGCCCAUCCUCCAGCCUGACAUGGGAAGCGGGUGUGCGCGUCCUCAUUACGUGCCGUCGAAUCAUCCUUUCGCAUCCUCAGGCCGUGAUUUACCAGCCGAUGCUCCGGUUGCUGCAGCACCUGGCGACCUACCAGUCCGACGUCGACUUGCGGGACCGGUCCCUACUCUAUCUGAGCCUCCCCUCCACGUUCGCCAUGAAGCAGAAGGCCACUGUGACCUGCUCCCGGCGCAAGAAUCGCAAGGCGUACUUCACGGCUCCUUCGCACAUCCGCCGUGUGCUCAUGAGUGCGCCUCUGAGCAAGGACCUCCGGACAAAGUACAAUGUGCGUGCGGUGCCCAUUCGGCGGGAUGAUGAGGUAAGGAUCGUGCGGGGCCACUACAACGAUCGCGAAGGAAAGGUGACGCAGGUGUACAGGAAGAAGUUCCGUAUCCAUGUGGAGAGGGUCACCCGAGACAAGGCGAAUGGGCAGCCUGUGCCCAUCCCAAUCCAUCCUUCCAAGGUUGAGAUCACGAAGCUGAAGCUUGACAAGGACCGUAAGGCGCUCCUGGACAGGAAGAACCGCGCAGUGAAGAAGGGAAAGUACUCGGAGAAGGCGCAGUCCCUGAGAUUUCCAUUUGUCCUCCUCUUCCUUUCCCGCAUUGCGCCCGCCUUUGGAGAGGCUCUCACCCGUGCUUCCCAGAACCGUGCGUCUGAUCAGCGGCUUGGGCUGCUCGACCGGCAAACCGCGGUGUUUGUGCUGCCGGGUGCUGAAGAAGGUGACCUGCUCAGCAGCCAAUGGGAGAGGAGGUGGGGCGACCCUGGCCUGGACCACAAAUUCCCCGAGGACUGGCUCAAGGUCGGCGCCGGAUCAGGUGGACUGCCGUGGUUGCUGAAUGAGUACAAAGAGCACCUCCAGGCUUCUCCCUCGAGCAUUCGCUUGCCCUUCACCUUGCAGUACGAACCUGCUGCUGACAUGGCAUCGGAGGAAUUGAGCUUGGAGUGCCCGCGUCAACUCUUCUCCCUGGAGUUGACCUUCUCCUCCAGCGAGCAUUUCGUCCCAAUCGAGCCAAUUCGUAUUCCGUUUAUUGCUGCUGACGGUGGUCUGGUGGUGGAUGGUGACGACGGAGAUGGUUUUCCAUGUUUGAAUAAGCUGCUUCUGCGACUUCGGCCCCUCAGCCCAGUACCAACAUCCUUUGGGGUGAACAUCGCCUUCAACGACAGCUUAAGCCAGAUGUACUUAGGCCAGCUCGAAUCCUUCGAGGUUGCCUUCCAGGCCACGGACAUGGCGGUGGGAAAGCCUGGGGAGGAUCCCCCGGUGUGGCUGGAGAGCAGCGACUGGCGCCUGAAGUUGGGCGCUGCCUCGGCUCUGAGCCAGAAGGGGGCGCCCCAGUUGGCCGGCGCGCCGGAGAUCCGAGCUGCGCUGGAGUCCUCCGAGGAGGCUCGGCAGCUCAUCCGAAGGACGCUGGCCGAAACCACCGAAGAGACCGAGCCGAGAGCUGCACGGUUGCUGCAAAGCGAAGACUGGAGACUUCGGAUGGGCGCCCUUGAAGCGCUGCGGAGACAGGAAGCGCCGUCUUCAGAACUGACGCCACGUAUCGCGGAGCUCUGCGUCUGCGAUCCCUGUGCUGAAGUGAGAGAUGCUGCAACCAGUGCUCUGAGACGGCAACCUGCAGAAGACGUGGUCGAAGCACUGGCUGCCUCAAUGAACGCCGCAGAAAACGAAUCUUCGGCUUCUCGAGUUGCUGAAGACCUUCUGGUUGAGCUUCUGGGAAGUGCGCAGGACUCGCUCUCCAAGGUUCCAAGCUCCGCCUACUUCGCCGAUCUUGCGCGAAAGGACCAGGAGGAAGCCCAAGCAGCAGCUGCACAGCAGCAGGAGCAGGAGGAGAGGUUGCGAGAGCUUCAGGAUCAGCAGAAUGAGCUUCAGAAGCUUCAGCUGCAAUGGCUGGAUCUGCUCCCAGCCAAGCAGGUCAAGGAGAUCGAGCAGUCUCGGGAGGUCUUCACGAAGUCCAAGGCUCGAAGCCAGGAAGCCCAGGCCCUGAAACGGCGGGCUCGGCGCGGGAUGCGGGACUCACUGGCUGGCCAGGGCUCUGAGAUGUUGUGCCCGAAAGGCUGUUAG